AUAAAAUGGAAUGAAUGCCGAGUCUCCCACCCACUUACAAGAGAUAUUCAUUGUAUUUAAAAAAAAAUAGACAUGUAAAACUCUACUACCAAAAUUGUUCCUAGCCAUUAAAGAAAAAUAGACAUGUAAAACUCUACUACCAAAAUUGUUCCUAGCCAUUAGAAACUAGCAAUUUCUCCUCAUAUAUAUAUACGACGGUGAUACAAAACAUAAAACCAUAACCACUCCCAAUUCCCAAAACACAAAAAACACAAAGUUAAAGAUAUGGAAGAAGAUUCAAGCAAAGAGUCAACCAAGCUUCAUAUUGCUAUGUUUCCAUGGUUUGCAUAUGGUCAUAUAAACCCAUUUAUCCAACUUUCUAAUAAGCUCUCCUCCCAUAACAUCCAAAUCUCUUUCUUCUCAAUACCUGGAAACAUCCGGCGAAUCGAAUCUUCCCUUAAUCUAUCUGCUUCCAAUCAACUCAUCUCCCUUACUAUCCCUCCAAUUGUAGGACUCUCCCCUAACUUUGACAGCAGCUCAGACUUAACAUCUCAAACUGCUGAGCUCCUCAAAGUUGCACUUGAUCAAAUGCAACCUCAAGUUAAAACUCUGUUAUCUCAACUCAAACCACAUAUCAUUCUCUUUGAUUUUGCACACUACUGGCUGCCUUCAUUAGCUUCUGAACUCAGCGUAAAAGCAGUUAAUUUCAGUGUAUUUUCUGCUGUUGCUAAUUCAUAUCUUACUAUCCCUUCAAGAAUGAUCGAUCCUAACAUACCACCCGCGCUCGAGGAUUUAAUGAAGCCUCCUCAAGAGUACCCUGAAACCUCAAUUACCGCCAUGAAAACUUUCCAAGCUCGAGAUUUCCUGUACCUUUACAAGAGUUUCAAUGGAGGACCACCCGCUUUCGAAAGAAUAAUGGGUUUUAUAAAUACCUGUGAUGCUACAAUCUAUAAGUCUUGCACUGAAGUAGAAGGUCCAUACUUAAAUUACUUAAAAACUCGGUUAGAAAAACCCCUGUUUUCAGCUGGCCCAGCUGUUCCUUUACCACCUACUGGUGCACUAGAUAAAAAAUGGGAAAGUUGGUUAGGUAAAUUCCCUGAAAAAUCAGUCAUAUUUUGCAAUUUUGGAAGUGAAACAUACUUGAAUGAUGAUCAGAUUAAGGAGCUUACACUUGGGUUAGAGCUCACUGGUUUGCCCUUUUUUUUGGUUUUGAAUUUCGGAACACGGAGCAUUGAUGCAACAAAUAAGUUAGAAGACUCAUUGCCAGAAAAUUUUAGGGAGAGAAUCAAAGAUAGAGGAGUUGUGCAUACAGGAUGGGUGCAACAACAGCACAUUUUAGCACACAAAAGUGUAGGGUGCUAUCUUAAUCAUUCAGGGUUUAGCUCUGUGAUAGAGGGUAUUGUGAACGAUUGUCAAUUAGCAUUUGUGCCACAAAAGGGUGAUCAGUUUCUGAAUUCCAAGCUGUUUAGUGGAGAUCUGAAGGUUGGGGUGGAGGUUAAUAGAAGAGAUGAAGAUGGGUUUUUUGGGAAACAAGAUAUUUUGGAAGCAAUAAAGAUAGUUAUGUUGGAUACUGAAAAUGAACUAUGUAAAUCUAUUAGAGAGAAUCAUAUCAAAUGGAGAAAUUUUUUCCUGAAUGAAGAGAUUGAAUCUAGAUAUGUUGCAAAUUUAGUUAAGGAACUCCAAGGUUUGGCUCAACAGGUUUAAUAACUUCUUCUGAGUAAUUUUUUUUUUUUUUUUGAAAUUUAAUAACUUCUUCUAGUAUGAUCUGGUCGGAUCUGAUCUAAUCCAGUGUGAAUGUGUGACUAGAGUAGAAUAGGUGGAAAAUCUGGGGAUUUAUUUUUCUAUUUUUGUAGAAUUCUGCAUUUAGCAUCUGUUUAUUUUCACAAUGAUGAAAUAGUCUUGGUCUUUUCUUCUUUUGUAAUAAUGUCAAAUGUUUAAUUAGGAGUGUUCGAUUAAGCUUCUAGUGUUUCCAAGAUUCCAACUCCUAUAUUAUGCGGGAAUAAUUUCAAGAUCUUCAAGCUCA